CGGAUUUUUGGUGUGGGAUCUGGCAACCCUCGAAGCCGGACGUGCUCAUUCUCGGAAAGCUGCGCGGGAAAGCCGUCUGUUUGGGUGAAAGCGGGAGAGAUACACAGAGCAACUGUGUUGAACAAUUGUUACAACUUUUGCAACUUUAUUUAUCUAGGUGACUGGUGUUAGGAUGAAGGUGGUAACCUGUGAGAUUGCCUGGCAUAAUAAGGAGCCGGUGUACAGUCUAGAUUUCCAGCAGGGCGGUGAGGGAAAGAUAGAGCGGCUUGCUACAGCUGGGGUGGACACCACAGUACGGAUGUGGCGUGUGGAUAAAGGGCCUGAUGGGAAGGCGGUCGUUGAGUUUUUGUCUAACUUGGCACGACACACUAAAGCAGUGAACGUAGUGCGGUUCUCACCCACCGCUGAGGUCUUGGCUUCUGGAGGGGAUGAUGCUGCAAUCUUGCUUUGGAAACUGAAUGACAAUAAGGAGCCUGAACAAACCCCGGCCUUUCAGGAAGAUGAAGAUGAUCAGCUCAAUAAAGAGAGCUGGAGUGUCGUCAAAACGCUGAGGGGACAUAUUGAGGAUGUAUAUGAUAUCUCAUGGACCAGCGAUGGGAAUUUCAUGGUUUCGGGCUCUGUGGACAACACUGCUAUCAUGUGGGAUGUCAGCAAGGGUCAAAAGAUGUGCAUUUUUAAUGAUCAUAGGAGUUAUGUGCAAGGAGUAACAUGGGACCCACUUGGACAGUACAUCAGCACAUUAAGCUGUGACAGGGUGAUGCGUGUGUACAGUGCUCAUAGCAGGAAAAAAGCUUACUGUGUGAGUAAGAUGACUUCAGCCGCCGCUGCAGACGGAGAGGUGAAGAACUACAGAAUGUUCCACGAUGACAGCAUGAGAUCGUUCUUCAGACGUCUCACAUUCACACCAGAUGGGUCAUUCCUCCUUGCACCAGCUGGGUGUGUCGAGGCUGGAGAGAAUGUCACAAACACAACAUACGUAUUCUCCAGAAAAAGCUUUAAGAGGCCCAUAGCUCAUCUGCCCUGUCCAUCCAAAGCCACACUGGCUGUGCGCUGCAGCCCAGUGUACUAUGAGCUGAGGACAAAAAGAGCUGAAGAUGGUUCACUGAAGCCAGUGUCAAACACGUUUAAUUUGCCAUAUCGGCUGGUGUUUGCGGUUGCAUCAGAAGACUCAAUCUUCUUUUAUGACACACAACAGACGCUGCCGUUUGGAUACGUGUCUAACUUCCACUAUCACACACUGAGUGAUCUCAGCUGGUCUCGUGAUGGCUCCUUCUUGGCUGUCUCAUCCACUGAUGGCUACUGUUCCUUCGUGUCAUUUGAGGAAGGGGAGCUGGGCACUCCACUGAAGGAGCGACCUCCACUGGAGAUGGUGACCCCAUCUUCUACUAAUGAGAAGAAAGGCAAGAGACCCUCAGCCAAUGGCAGGACUGCUUCCCCAAUCCCUCGCCAGGCCAACACAUCUGCACAGGAAAAGGAGAAAGAGGGAUCUGCUGGUCUUGCAUACUCCAAGACCCCCAGCGUACCUGUUCCAGAAGAGAAGCGCAUACCUCGAGCGCUACAAACCAAACCUCAGCCCAGAAGGAUCACACUCAAUACCCUGGCGGGCUGGGGCAAACCCAGCACCCCCAAAUCACCGGCAACUGCCCCCAACACACCCAAAUCUGCUCCCUCCACCCCUGGAUCCAGCAGAGGACCCCUAACACCUCUUAAAGCCCCCAGCACUCCUCUUGGACCCCUCAACUCCAAAUAUACCACAACUCCAAAAGGACCAACUCCUAGACGAAUUUCACUGACUCCAAUUGUAUCCAAAUUCCCCACUCCUUUUGUCACCCCAUCUUCCACUGAGAAAGCCAAGCACGAGAGACCAUCUCCCCCCAGUGACCCAGCGUGCAAUCCUCCUGAAUCCAAGAGGUCCAAGACUGAUGUUCCCAAUGGUUCUGCCCAGAGCAGUGAGCACAAAAUUUACACAAAACCCAGCGUCAAACCCCAGGAGCCAUAAACACUGACUGUGGUUCUUUGUCCCUCUUUAUUAGCACUCACAUCCUCAGAGAUUAAGUACACACUUAAACCAGUACCUUAAACACCUGAUCCCAUGGACAUAUGGAGUUAUGAACUUGCAUGUAAUGUUUCUAAAACUCAUCUUGGCUUUCAUUUUCAGUGAUUGUCUGUUUUCUAUUUGAAGAGGGAAAAAAUACAUGUAAUUAUUCUUCAGAACAACCUACUCCAUGACUUGAAUUCCUUUUUUAUCUUUAGGACAGAAAUGUUUUAC